UUAUAUCAGCAUUCCAUAUCUGUUUUCAAUGUAAAUAUGGUUAAGUUAAUAAUACAAUCGCAGUUGGAUGUGAACCUUCAACAUGGAAACAAGUAUAGUGUUAAUAUUCUUAUCGGUGCUAGCUGUGUCUUAUUAUUUCAUUAAAAGACAAUUCUCAUUUUGGCAACGCUACAAUGUUCCCUUCGUUAAACCAGUUUUUCCUUACGGAAAUCUCAAAGAUGUUGGCAAAAAGUUUCACCUUUGCGAAAUGUUGAUGAAAUUUUACAAUGAAAAUAAACAUCGCGGCCCAUUCGUUGGACUUUACUUCUUUUUGAGUCCAGUCGUGUUGCUAACUGAUUUGGAUCUGGUUAAAAGUGUGAUGUCAAAAGACUUUUCUGUAUUUCAAGAACGUCAUUUCUACCACAACGAAAAAGAUGAUCCAUUGUCAGCGCAUUUGUUUGCUAUUGAUGGGACCAAAUGGAAAAAUCUACGGACGAAGUUAACACCCACAUUUACGUCGGGUAAAAUGAAAUUCAUGUUCAGCACAGUAUUGGAAAUCGGAGAGAGACUGAGUGAACGAUUGAAUACGGUCGUAAAUGAGUCGGCAAAUCAAUGCGCAGAAAUCGAAUUGAAAAACUACUGGGCACGGUAUACCACAGAUGUCAUCGGAAGCUGUGCAUUCGGCUUAGAAUGUAACACUCUAAAUGACAAAGAUGCCCUGUUCAGGGAGAUGGGUCGACAAGUGUUUGAAGAACCCAGACGAUCAAUGGGCCUCCAGCUGCUGGUAAUUCAAUUGAAAGAGUGGGCAAAUUAUUUCGGAAUCAAACAACUUCCGGAUAAGCCAGCUGAAUUUUUCUUAAAGAUAGUCAAGGAGACGGUAGCCUAUAGGGAGCUGAACAAAGUUGGGAGAAAGGAUUUCAUGCACCUGUUAAUUGAUUUAAAAAAUAGCUCGAAUACGGAAUUAAGUACCAUCACUGAGAACGAAAUUGCCGCUCAAGCAUUUGUCUUCUUCAUUGCCGGCUUUGAAACAUCGUCAACAUUGUUGUCGUUCUGUUCAUAUGAAUUAUCGCAAGACCAAGAGAUUCAAGAAAAGAUCAGAAAUGAGGUCAAGAAUGUUCUAAAACAAUACAACGGUGAAUUUACCUACGAUGCGAUGCUCGAAAUGAAAUAUCUGGAUCAGGUGCUUAAGGAAGCCCUUCGAAAAUAUCCUCCAUUGGCUACACUAACUAGAGGAGCGACCGAAGACUACUGGGUUAAGGAUAACGAUGGUAAUAAAUUGCAACUGAUUCCGAAGGGCUCUACAGUUUACAUACCAGUUUACGCAAUACACCAUGAUCCGGAUGUCUAUCCAGAUCCAAAGCGAUUCAACCCGGAUCGGUUCCUACCAGAAGAGGAGUCAAAACGACAUCCGUAUUCAUAUCUUCCGUUUGGCGAAGGACCCAGAGUGUGUAUCGGCCUAAGAUUCGGAAUGAUGCAGGCCAGAAUUGGGCUAGCUAAAACUUUAUUGAAUUUUAAGCUAUCGUUGGGAUCGAAUAUGAACGGCAUAAACUUCUCCAAAAAGCAAAACAUUUUAUCCAACGAAGGCGGCAUCUGGAUAAAAUUAGAGAAAAUUAACGAAAUUCAAAAAUAAAUAUUUUUAUAACUGG